CACAUUGCGUCGUACAGUAGUACAUUCCUAUUACUAAGUUGGUGACUUGGUCACUCAGUGACUAUACUUGGUGCUACAACAAUUCAAGCCGGCUUCUCCAAUACAACGUAAUCAGUGUGUCAUCUUCUGGGCUCAAGGUAUCGAAAGUUGAGCCUGCACUUGGAGGUUUUGUUGGGUUACCCAAGUCUCUUUAACUCAUUUUCAUCAUUAUAAUCAUUUUAAAAUCAUCACCAAGUGUUUUUUUUUUUUUUCGUGAAUGUUAUUGAAUAUUUUUCAUAUAAAGUGUGUUAAAGUGUCGAUAAAUGCUCUGUGAAUGAAACAAUAAUAAUUAAUGAAUGGAACAAUGAUUAAAAUAGUAAAUAAUUAAUGAAAAAAACUUACGUGUAGAUAAGUGGAUGUUAGCAUCAUUAUAUAGUGUUUAAAUGUAUCAAAGUUCCAUUGAAUUGUCCAGUUGUUGCUGUUAUGGUCACUCAAGUAAACAGAACACGGAAAACGUACAAACUGUGUAGUAAAACUUCUGAUUGUCAAUAAUAAAACAUAUAUGUGAGAAUGUCCGAGGGUUCUGAUCAAUUGUCAUCGCCUAGUAGUGAUUGCAACAGCCAAAUGAGUCACAGAAGCACUGGAUCACAUACUAGUGCUCAUAGCAUUAUGUCUGGAUUAUCAUUGAGUCUUCAUCAACAUCAACCUGGUGCUGAAGCUAGCUCCAGUCCACGUUAUAAUCAAGAACAAUCAAGUUGUGCUAAUACUGUUGAUGUCACAACAAGUAGUAUAAGUAAUGGUGGAAGUUUAUCCGCGGUUGGAAGUACCACACAUUUUACGCCGGAACAAAUUUCUUGCAUGUGUGAAGCUUUGUCUCAGAGUCAGGAUAUUGAAAAAUUAACCAGAUUCCUCUGGUCCUUGCCGCCGGGAGAAUUAUUUCGUGGUGGAGAAAGUGUGUUGAUGGCUCGUGCAGCAGUGGCAUUCCAUCGUGGAGCUUACCAUGAGCUUUAUUCAAUUCUUGAAAAUAACCAUUUUUCACCUCGACGUCAUCCAGAACUCCAACAAAUGUGGUUUAAAUCGCAUUACAGCGAGGCCGAAAAAAUCCGUGGUCGUGCCUUGGGUGCUGUUGAUAAGUAUCGUCUUAGAAAGAAAUAUCCUCUGCCAAAGACCAUUUGGGAUGGUGAAGAGACAGUUUAUUGUUUUAAAGAACGAUCGAGAAAUGCAUUAAAGGAGUGUUAUACAAGGAAUAGGUAUCCAACACCAGAUGAUAAAAAAAAUCUAGCUAAAAAGACAGGAUUAACACUUACUCAAGUGUCUAAUUGGUUUAAAAAUCGUCGUCAACGUGAUCGUACUCCACAAACUCGACCGGAGAUGCUGACGUUAACUUGUCAAAAUAAUAAUAACAGUAAUAAUAACGGGAAUAUCAACGGAGGUGGAAGUAAUACAGGAAACGGUACAGGUGGAGGUAAUCAUCAAUCUCUUCAAGGGUUGGAAUCAAGUAGUCCUAAUUUGGCGAUAUCACCGAUUUCAACAGUCGGUAUGUCUCCAAUCAGCGGUAUGAAUCCCUGUAGCCCUAUGGGCAUGGGCUCAAUGGGUCCACAUCAUCAUAGUUAUGCCACACCAGUAACUCCAUCAUCGGUACAUUCUGUUCAUUCUUCUGGCGGAUUAAGUCCAAUGAAUGAAGUUAAAUCACUUUGUUACGGAAGAAGUGUUUAUGAUACUAAUAAAGACUUGGAGCAAAGUUCAAUUUAUUACUCAGCUCAUUCAAGUAUGCACCAUCAAUAUUACCAACAAAGUCAUCAUCAGAUGUCCGGAAAUCAUCAUCAUCAUCACCACCAUCAUCAUCCACAUCAACAGGAUAUGUCCUCAAGCUAUGAACUUAUGCUUACACCUCCUCAACAUACUAUGUGACCGAUAGA